GGGAGGGAGGGAGGGAAGGAGGGAGAGAGAGAGAGAGAGAGAGAGAGAGAGAGAGAGAGAGAGAGAGAGAGAGAGAACACACCAGAGCCAGCCAGCGCAAGCUGGUUGUCAUGGGGGAGGGACGAUGCUACCAGCCAGGCUUCUCCAAACCUUCUGUAUGUAUGCAAGGAGAAAGAGCAUCUCUGGGGCUGAAAGGAGACAUUUAGAGAGGAUGUGUCUGAUUUUUGUUUCCAUUUAUUUUUUUUCUUCACAGAACAUGAUCAAAUGAGGUACCUUAGCCAGCUUGGUGACUGCUUCGGGUCUUGUAAUCAUCUGUGUAGCAAAGUGGGUAAAAUCAUUCAGUUUCGUCCCUGCUGGACCUGGAAGGAGAGGGGCUGUGCGCUCAUCCCCACCCAUUAGCUAUGCCCUCUUUUCUCCGAAUGUCGAUUUAACGAAGCAAGCACCUGUCUUCUGCCACUGCCUCUUCCUUGCAAACUUUAAAAGGCAUUUUAUCCGAUAGAAAGAACAACGAAAAUGCUCUGAUCUCUAGUGAUGAAGAAUCUUGGAUUCGACACUUUUCACAUCCAGAUAUAAUGCACUUUAAUUGAAGAAAUACUGAACUGAACCUACAAGUCUCUUUCUUAUGGUGCUGGAUUACUCCUCCCGAACUGCCCCGAGACCAGCCCUGAGAGAGGGCUCUGACAGACCCAACUCACCUCCUGACUAUUCCACUUAGUUCUCCCCCGGGGACUUAAUUUUUGAAAGCAUCCUGUCUCCAUGAUACCAUCCAAGAUGAUGAGUGCUAAUCCUGAAGAAGACCCUCUGGACACCUUUUUCCAAUAUAUUGAGGAUAUGGGAAUGAAAGCAUACGAUGGCCUGGUUAUUCAAAAUGCAUCCGACAUUGCUCGCGAGAAUGAUCGCCUGAGAAAUGAGACAAACCUGGCUUACUUGAAGGAGAAGAACGAGAAACGUCGACGACAGGAAGAAACAAUCAAACGCAUAGGAGGAGAAGUGGGGCGAGGCCAGGACGCCAGUUACGCGGGCAAGCAUUUCCGCAUGGGGUUCAUGACGAUGCCUGCACCUCAGGACAGACUCCCACAUCCCUGCUCCAGUGGCUUCACUGUGAGAUCUCAGUCCCUGCACUCUGUAGGGGGCACUGAAGAUGACAGCAGCUGUGGAUCACGAAGACAACCACCUCCCAAGCCCAAGCGAGACCCCAGCACUAAGCUUAGCACUUCGUCUGAGACAGUCAACAGCACUGCAGCCAGUAAGAGUGGAAGAUCUCUGGAGAGAGCAGAAGGUAAAUUCACCGUUCCUGCUUCCCACUCACCUCCAAGGGCUUCAACUUCAGGACACCUGUUUCCUUCCCCUGGGUCCCAGGAACGAAACAUCAAGGUGUCUGCCAAGCCAAGACCCCACAGUGAUGAAUAUUCAAAGAAAAUUCCCCCUCCGAAACCAAAACGGAAUCCUAAUACUCAACUUAGCACGUCUUUCGAUGAAACCUACAUCAAAAAGCAUGUGCCAAGGAGAACCUCUCUCCCGCGAGAUUCAUCCCUGUCCCAGGUUUGCAGCCCCGCGGCAGACCCCGAAGAAGAGGAGCCUGUGUACAUCGAGAUGGUGGGGAACAUCCUCAGAGACUUCAGGAAGGAAGAGGAUGACCAGAGCGAGGCUGUGUAUGAGGAGAUGAAAUAUCCCAUUUUCGACGACCUGGGCCAUGAUUCCAAAUGUGACUUUGAUCAUCACAGUUGCUCUUCGCAGUGUGCUACUCCCACGGUGCCUGACCUGGACUUUGUCAAGUCUUCAGGACCAUGUACUCCCAAGGGUCUGCUUUGUGACAUACCCCCGCCCUUCCCCAACUUGCUUUCUCAUAGACCACCCCUGCUGGUGUUCCCACCGGCCCCAGUACACUGCUCUCCCAAUUCCGAUGAGUCUCCACUGACCCCUCUGGAGGUCACAAAGCUUCCUGUGUUGGAAAACGUGUCUUACAUGAAACAGCCACCUGGAGCAUGUCCAUCCUCACUGCCAUCUCAUGGCUCCAGCCAUGCUAAAGACCAGACAGGAGCCUUGGGUCCUGCUCCUGGAGCAUCCAUUCUCUCUUCUUCCCCUCCACCUCCAUCCACUUUGUACAGAACCCAGUCUCCCCAUGGCUAUCCAAAAAGUCACUCCACCUCCCCAUCCCCUGUAAGCAUGGGGAGGUCCCUGACGCCCUUGAGUCUCAAGAGGCCUCCCCCUUAUGAUGCUGUGCAUUCUGGCAGCCUCUCAAGGAGUUCUUCCUCAGUGCCUCACACGACCCCAAGACCCGUGUCACAGGAUGGGGCCAAGAUGGUCAAUGCUGCGGUGAAUACAUACAGCGCUGCGCAGAGUGGGUCCAGGUCCAGGACACCCACCAGUCCUUUGGAAGAGCUCACCAGCCUCUUUACCUCAGGGCGGAGCCUGCUGCGGAAGUCAUCCAGCGGCCGAAGGUCCAAAGAGCCAGCAGAGAAAUCCACAGAGGAGCUGAAAGUUCGAAGCCACAGCACGGAGCCGUUACCAAAGUUGGACAGCAAAGAGAGAGGUCAUUAUGGAUCGUCUUCCUCUAGAGAGCCAGUGAAAGCUCAAGAAUGGGAUGGAACCCCGGGUCCACCUGUGGUCACCAGCAGAAUGGGCAGAUGCUCUGUGAGCCCCACACUGUUGGCAGGAAACCACAGCUCAGGUAAGCACGACCCUGUCCUUCCAAAUGGCUCGAAAAGUCUAGAAGCUGCUCAUAUGCAGAUAUCACUUAGGAAACCAUCACCUCAGCUCAGUCUACUUCCACCCAGACUGGCACCCCAGACACACACAUUAAGGAGUAGACACAUGAAGAAUGCCACGGUACCACUAUUCAUAGCGAUGGCAAGGGAAACGAUGCUUCUUGAAGCUUUGCUGUGCAGCAGUCUACAGUUAGGAAAGACUUUGUACCAAAUGUCUUCAAAAAUGACUACAGGCCUUAACUCAAGCCACUGCAAUUUAUGAAAAUCGCACAAUUUAGGGGUGGUGGUCCUUUUUCUUAAAAAAAACAAGGCGACUUGAAUAAUUCAAAAAGAAGUAAAGCGGAGGAUAGAAAUAUAUCAAUAAUGAUCUGAACGCAUUAGAGGGAGAAGCUGGUUUCAUUCACACAGUCACUGGUCAUAUGGCAUGUAUGAAGUUCUCAAAUCCAAACCAAAGGGAAAAUGCUAAUGUACCUUUCAAAUUCACAUCUUGAGAUUGAAAUACGCAAUGUAAUCCUGCAUAUUUAACAGAUAAGUAUUAUUAAACAUAAAAAGUUUUAAAGCAGCAUAUGUUUGCUUUGAUCUGAUUCAUCUACAUGUUGGACUCACAGAGAGCUGUCAAUUAAAAUAAACAGUGAGUAACCAAGAAACUUUAGGUUUCUGCUAUCCAAAGAGUGAUAAGACCGUGAAGAAAAGACCAAUCCUUUCAUGUCGUUUUCCACUCUGAUACUCAUCUAGGAAAGGAAUUUACACGCAUUUAACCUAUCUACUCUCUAACAAAGGGGAGUUAAAAUAUAGGAAGGCUGAUGCUCUUUGUACUUGGAGAGGGAUAUUUCUGGGAAAAAAAAACCCAGCCAUAGCUUCUCAGAUUUAGAAUACUAUGUAAAUCUUGAUGGUAGAGCUAUCCCAUACACACUGUGAAGAACUCACCUUAAAGCACAAACUAAAAACUGACAGAAGAAAAGCUCUAUACAUUUAGCAGAAAUUUUAAAUGAUAUUUAUGUUAAAGGAAAAAUGGCCAUGGGUAUGCAUGAUGGUUAGUCUUACUUGUCCACAUGACACACUCUAGAAUCAUCCUGAAAGGGUGUCUCGAAGGGACUAUCUACACCAAGUUAGCUUGUGGUCAUGCUUGUGGGAGAUUGUCCUGACUCUGUUAGUUGAUAUGAGAAGACUCAGCCCACUGAGUAGCACCGUUCCUUAGCGUGGGGCCUGAGCAGGGUAUGAGUAGAUCAAGUGAGCUGAGCAGUCAGCACACAUACACUCAUUUUAACUGUGUCAAUAGCUGCUUCAAGUUCCUACUAACCUGGUAUUGUGAGAUAGAUAAACCUUUUCCUCCCAAAUUUGUUUUUAAGAUGUUUGUAAUAAUAAAAUUAGAACUACCUGUGCAUGCUGUCAAAAAAAAAAAAAUUAUGACUAUCUUGUACAGUAGUUCAAACACAAAAUAUAUAAAUAAGAAGAGUAGACAACUAUGGCUAAUGGCUAAUUUGGAGCUUAUCAGUAUCUUAUAGACAUCUAAAAUUGUAUAAUUUGUACCUAAUAUAUGUGAAUGAUAUAUUUGGAACCCAGACAUAUUUUAUAAAAACCGAAAAUCUUAUAUGAAAAUCUGUGAUCCAUUAGCCAAUGUCUUAGGGCCAGGGAUCAAAAUGACCAAUCAAAUAUUCUUACAUUGGUUAUUAAAAAUCUAGUGAUAUACAAGUAGAUCAUCGUAAUGUAAUGCAACUAAUUUAUUUUAGUGGCUGUGUUCCAAAGAAACAGAACAAAUAGUUAUGCUUAUAUAGAAAGAGAUUUAUUAUGAGAGAUCUCUUCACUUCACCAUGAAAGGUUAGAAGAUCCAGAUUAGUUCCUUGUAAGCAAAUGUUCCAGGAAAGCCCAUGGCAUAGUGCAGGUCAAAUAAUGUCAGUGGUACAAACCACAGUCUGAGUUUAAAGGUUUCAAAAAUUACAUUGUUAAUGUCCAAGGGUGGGAGAAAAUAAAUUAUCCCAGCUCAAGAAGAGAGAUAGGAUAUGUCCUUCUCUUUCUAGACCUUCACUGGAUACAUGGCGCUUGCUCACACUGGUGAGGAUGAUUUUCUGUUGACUCAAAUAUCCAUCCCUUGCAGAAAACACUCCCUUACAGAUACACGUAGAAGUAAUGCUUUGCCAGUUAUUUGAAUAUCCCUUAGCUCAGUUGAUAUAAAAAUUAAGAUGUGAAGUAGAAAUCAGUUAAUGUUUCCUGGGAGACUUUGGCUUUGGAAGGGUUAAUCGGGUGUUUUGGUUUAUAUGAGAGUGAUUUCUAGAGGCUCACCAGGAUGAGAAGAAGGCAAAUGAGAUACUUGCUGGUGAAACCUGAAAAUCAACAGGGUGAAAAAAAAAUGUUUAGUGUUAAAAAAAAAAAAAAAGCAGACAAUUUAGUGGCAAUCUACUAAUGUAGAUGAGCUUCUAAAGGACCUCAUGGAUUAAUUGGGUACACUUCUACCAUACAGUACAAGUCAAGAGUCUACCAUGUUGUGGACAUUACUUUGGCACUGAGUCUGCAGGUGUGUAACUACAGGUUUCCUCCAGCUGUUCCUGGAAUGCCAUCAUGUCCUUGGAGCUGUCUAUCCUGUUCAUGGUUCUGUAUUGCUUUAUUUAAAGAUUUUUUUUUCACAGUCCUGGGCUGAAAACCAACAUUUGAGGCAGUAUGCCACAGCAGUCUUCUCAUUUCCAUUCAAGUGCUCAGAACUGAGAAAGAUCACUGUGAGACCAACUGGUGACUGAAAUGGAAAGGGCCUUCCCUGAGAGAGCAAGACCCUUGCUUCCCUCAGUAAAGAAGAAAGCUUACCCCUUGUAGAGAUAAUGAACUUGUGUAACCAUAGGCACUUAAUUACCACACCAUGGUUUGAUUUCUAAAUAAACAAUGUGGUUUGUCUUAUAUGGUGGAGCAUCCAAUGAUGACUUUAAGUUUGAGUGGCAGGAGGAGCAUUUUCUGUGACAGAGAGUGUGUGUGAGAUAUGGAGGGAGCAAGGAAUCAUUGAGGAAGUUGGAGCUUGAAUUCUGCAGGUUAAUUUGGAAACACCUCUUUUUUCUUUCUUUUUUAUUAGAUAUUUUCUUCAUUUACAUUUCAAAUACUAUCCCCAAAGCCCCCUAUACCCUCCCCCCGCCUGAUCCCCAACCCACCCACUCCUGCUUCCUGGCUCUGGGAUUCCCCUGUACUGGAGCAUAUGAAACACUUCUUAAUAUCUAAGCAAGGGGCCAGCAGAGAGUUCGAAUUUCAGAGGUGGAGUUAAUGAGAUUCAGCAGAACUUCAGUCCUGCACUAGAGAAUUUAGGAAUGGUUGCAAUCAUAGACUAGAUGAGCCAUUUACAAGAAAGAGGGAAGCCAUGAAAGAGAAGGGAGUGAAAUAGGAUCCAGGGAGUCCAUAAUUUAGAACUUUAAACAACCUAGACUGUGAAUGGAAAUGACAGAAUUUUUUAGUCAAUGACCAGACUCUCAGUAAACAGUAAGUUGCCCAGAAACUGGUAAACAUAUGCCUCAUGCUCUUGAGCACUUCGGCCUGCCUUUCUAACAAGUGCAGACUUAAAGGAAAUUGUGUUCCGAGUUUCUAUGUUCUCCUAUCUCAGGCUCCUGAAGCAUCUAUUUUGGUUUUUGACAUUCUAAGCCUAAAGACUCCAAAGACCUUUGUAAUCCAAGAAGGCAAUUGCUGUCUCUACAGUCAUUUGGUGGGAGUUUGGAAAUUCACUAGAAAGGAGAAGCACAACGCACUGCCAUUCUUUUGGUUUACCCUUUCUUGUGGGACCCUUGGAAAGAAACGACCUAAAGAUGCUUUACAGCAGGUAGCACAGUCUGAUUCGGACAAUACCCUAGAUCUAUGGAAGCUACUCAGAAAUUCAAAUUAUUUCAGAUUGUAUUUCUUCCAUUCACCAUAUUGCUUAUUCAUUUACAUAAAUACUAAUAAGUCAAAUAUACUGUUUUCCAGGAAAUAGUUUCUGAGGAGUAUAGUUAACAAUGAAUACAAAAUAUGGGAUGACAAUUGCUUGUAAAUUUCAGAGAACAAUAUGCCCAUACAUGUACCACACAUAUAUAUUUGCAUACAUGUGUGCAGUGACCCUCAUCAACGUACCAACAAAAGGUAUGUUGAUUUUGUCUGCUGGGAUAAAAUACUCUAAUGAAAACAACUUAAGAGGUAACAGAUUUAUUUGGGGCUAACAGUUCAGAGGAGUAGGAGGAGAAGCCACUGUCUAGAAGGCUGGAUCACAUUGUGUUCACCAUCAAGAAACAGAGAAUGAUGGAUAUUGUACUCACUUUCUCCCUUAUAUACAGUGUUGUAUCCUAUCCUAGGUAUUGGUCCUACCCAGCAUGAAGGGAUCUUCCCACCUCACUUAACCCAAAGAAGACAAUUACCCACAAUUAUGCCCAGAAUCUUGUCUCCAAGGUGAAUCCAGAUCUUAUUAAGUUGAAAAUUGUGAAUAGCUACCACACCUGUAUAAAGUACAUUCCUGGUGGACAUUGGCUUUUACUACCUUUGAGCACCCAAAUGCCCAUACAUGUACUGCACACAUACAUUUACAUACAUGUGUGCAGUGACUCUUACUUCUAUUUUCCUUCCAUGUUUAAUGACACUGACUACAUUUCUGUAUCCAUCUAUAACACCUCUCUCCACCCUGCCCCGGUUGCUCUCUCUCUCUCUUUGGUCCUGUACUUUCUCCACAGAGCAGCAUUCCCUGUCUUCUAAUGUCUUCUCCUUCUUGAGUCCCAAACAGGAUCUGAAGCUCUGUUCUCCCCAUGUGUUCUCGUUUGGUCCUGAGUCUCAGUGCCUUCUGCACACUGGGUCAUUCUCAUGCCUUGGGAAGGAAAGACCAGUACUUGUACCAAUCUCCAGUUCCCCUCCAGCCCUGGCUUCCCAAUGUGUAGCUGAAUUACCCUUUCCAUUUUCCUUGAAAAAUCUCAGACAUUUUCAGCCCAUUGCUUCCUCCCUUUCUGUAGAUGCAUAGCCCUUUUAGAAUUUUGGUUUCACUUUGCAAAAUCCCCUGUUUGCCUUAUUCAUAUCUCUGAGAUCUCCUUACUGGUUCUCAUAAUAAUUACAUCCCAACCUACCUUGGAAUCCAUGUCAAACUGAAUUUUCUAGGUUAUUGCUUUUUAAAUGUUUCCAAAUGUAAUGUCACAAAAAAACAACUGUUACUAAUACUCAAGUGCUUUAAUGUCCUCUCUCUCUCUCUCUCUCUCUCUCUCUCUCUCUCUCUCUCUCUCUCUCUCUCUCUCUCUCUCUCUUGGGAGGGGUUGGGUAAAAUGGAAAGGAGGAAAAAGUUUUCCUUAUGCCUUAUCACCUUUGGUGUUUCAAGCAAGCUAGCUAUCACCUGAAGUAUCCUCCCACAACAGUGGCCUAGGUUUGUAAUGAGAAAGUAUUGGCAAGAAGAGAACAUUCUGGACUUGCAGCUAUGGAAGAGAAGAAAAUGAGCCGAUUUUAACUGUCUCUCCUUCUGCACACUUCAUUAUUUCAUUCUUUAAUUUACUAAGUCAUUGGACCACUAAUGCUUUACUAGAAUUGCUAGCAGAGUAAUCCAGAACCCUCUUCCUUCCUAGUUGUUACUGAAACCAUACCUCACAUAGAAAAGGAAGAAUGCUGUAAGCACUCACGUCUCCAUAACACAUCAGUUUCCUUUUUCUGGUGAUCUGAAAUGCCCCUAACAGGUACACAAACACACACACAUACACCUACCUACCAGCAUAGGUGCUUGCACAUACACACAUUCGCAUAAACUAUUGCUUUACCCAAAGUAGUUUAGCUCCUUGGAAUGGCUCUUCUUAACAGCCCUAUUGAGGAAUGGAGGAAUUGCUGAAGUAAAGAAAACAUGUCAGGAGAUCCCAAUUCUAAUUAACACUGCCACUGGUUGCUGCAGUAGUUUAUUAAACUACUUUUGUUUAGUAAGUCAGAAAAAUCCCUAGAGGGUGAUUUCUGAAAGUAGUGGAGAACUGGGAACCACAUACUCAUGAAAGUAAUGGGGCAAUGUGGGUGAAGGUAUGUGAAUAAAUAUGGUAUUAACACAAUCUCAGACCCUAUCAGUUACUCUCAGUUUUCCUAGCUUGUAUCUAAUGCCAUUUCUGUGGAUACACACAUAUCCACACUUAGAAACAACAGGUUUUAUGCUACGAUCUCAGCUCUCCAGGAUCUUAUUCUGUUCCUUUAUGACACAGAAUUGUUGAUAAUACAUUAAUUUGACUUAAUCGAAUGUAUUAUUUUUAUGAUUAGCUACUAUUUACAUCUAAAGGUCAUCCUAAGAACAUAAAAGGAUGCAGACUUCAAAAAAUUUGAUGGGGUGAAUAGGACACACAGAGAUCUGAAGUCUUCCCAAGAGCCAUUGUUAGCACCAACUGAAUAAAGGACAGUUUUGCACAUAGGACACAUAUGAACUGAACCUGGGCAUGCUUCUGGCUUAGUGCUGUCAAGCCUGGCCUGACUGAAGCAAUUUUAGAAGUAAAAACAGAAAGGCUUGAGUUGGAAGCAAAAUGUUUCUCUGUCUCUGUCUCUCUCACUCACUCUCUCUCUCUCUCUCUCUCUCUCUCUGCUUGUGUCUCUGU